AUGAAUCGGUCUCUAUUUUUCUUUGUAUUUUCAACAGUAAUCAAAAUUAUCAUUGCCAGCAGUCAAAGUGGAGAGUUUGUAUAUAGAGGAAACGUGUCUAAUUAUGAUGUCUCCCUGUUGAUAUCAGAAACUGGACCUGACGAUGUAUCUCUACGAUAUUGUGCUGCAGAGUGCUACAAAAACGUAGACUGUAAUGCCGUGGAAUUGUGUUCUUUUCCUACAAAACAAGUUUGUCGUCUAAAUAGAAGCAUCACCACAGCUUUGAUUACUGGACAGGAAACUUGUUCUCGUCAUGAAAUUGUGCAUGCUUGUGAUGACGACUCUUUUUUCAACAGACGAACAGCUAAAUGUCAAUGUGCAAUAGAUUGUGACUGUGACGCCGUCAUGCCCCCUAGCGGAGGAAUUUUGCCAAAGACUGUAAAAAUUGACAGUCACGUGAUUCUUACCAACUGCAUCAAUACAGGUGGACACGUGUGGACGAUGAUUCAAAGGAGGAUGGAUGGCUCUGUUAAUUUCUACAGGGGAUGGAAUGAGUACAAGAAUGGAUUUGGUAGCAUUGACUCUGAGUUCUGGAUCGGACUUGACAACAUACACCGACUCGUUCAGAAUGGUUAUACUAUCUUGCGUGUGGAAUUAGAGGAAGGGACGGACUCUGCUUUUGCUGAGUACAGCAGUUUCUACAUUGCGGGGGAGGCGGACAAAUAUAGAAUACACGUGUCUGGAUAUUCUGGGACAGCCGGUGAUGGCAUUUCCUGCCCUUAUGUGUACUGCAACAACAACGCUCAGUUCUCCACUUACGACAAUGACAAUGACGCGGUAUCAACAAAUGAAGCCUCUAGGUGGCGCGGCGCCUGGUGGUACAAUGAUGGACACAUGUCUCACCUAAAUGGAGAAUACGGAAAUAGCAACCAUGGACAAGGGAUCAAUUGGUAUUUUUUCAAGGGCUGGGCCAAUUCACUGUCUGGUGCAAGAAUGAUGCUUCGUUUAGGAUGAUGUUGACUUUUACGAUCCUGCAUGUUAUUAUUUGGCGUCGUAUUAAGACGUUACUUCUAGAAUUCGAAUCAAUUUAUUGUACACUAAAUGAAUCUUGCACUGUAUUACUUACAAGUAAAAUCUUACAUCUAAAAUGUGUACUUUAAUAACGUAGUCUCUAGUAUUUAAACUUCCCACAGAAAAAUGUUAACUCAAAAUAUAAUGACAUAUUUUCCUUCAUUUAUUUUAAAAUGUUUAAACAAAAGUUUGACAUGCUACUAUUCUACAUGAUUGUAAUGCAUAUUGGCAAAUGUACUUUGUAACAACUUGUUUAAUUUCUGCAGCCUUUUUUACCAAAGUAUUUUAUCAUACAAAUAAUUUAAUGAGAUAGAGGUUUGACAACAUUGUUCAUUUUACAUGGUUUCAUGACGUCACAUAAAUAGACCAUUACCCACACUUUCCUUAAAACAUGAAAAGAUUUCCACCCUAUGAAUUGAUUAGAAGAAACUAUAGAGCACAAGACCGUCCCUAACCUUUUUUACAUGAAUUAUUAUUCAUUUUAUUUUAAUCAUGCACUUAAUGUUUCUUUUUAAUAAAGCAUAGAA